AUGGAAGCCGCCGGCCUUGCAGUGUCUGCUUACAAGGGCGUGUAUCUUGUAUCGAGAUUCUUGUACAAGACGGCAAUAUCUGCAAAGCACUACAAUGGAGAGCAGAAAGAUCUGCUUCUCGAGUUUCUGAUUGGGUUUCUUCGCUUCAGAGCUUUGUGGAAGGUCUUGGUCGAUAAUGAUGGAGAGUUUGUAGAGGGUAAAGACUUCCAGCAGGAGUGGUUGAGCAUCUUCAGUGGAAUAUUGGAGGAAAUCUGCGUGUGUUUUCUGGACUACGCCAAAAUCGUAGACGAUUUCGAUGAGGAGUACCAGAAGUACUCAUCGUACUGA